AGAGAGAAUAUCUAUUAUUUAUCUUGUAGAUAUCUAGGAUUGCCCUUAUAUACCUGAGAUAUGCAGCUUACACAACUUUGACAACCAAGAACAACCAAGAACAAACGAAAUCCCAAACCAACAGAACAAUAUGACAUCUAAAAUUUCGACAGAGGAUUACAACAAAGCAGUGGAUGAUCUAGUAAACGUGAACAAACUGUUCACCCUAGCAGUGUUCCUGGGAUUAGCCCUGGCUACGGCUGAGCAGCACAGCCUGGAGAAUCGGGCAGACUGCGAUGCAGGAACAAUAGUCGCCAAGAGGCUAAUUUUGUUCGAGGUCCUGUCCUUCAGUUGCUUCAUUUCAUCCACUGUUGUGGUUAUGGCAAUCAAGCUUCAUCUCAACAUUUACGGUGGUGGUGAGAAAUUGAAACACAAGAUUAGGGAAAUGAUGGUGUUUGUAGCAGGGUUGGCCACGUUUUUUGCUUAUUUUUUCUUGAUGCUUUCGAUGGUUGAUAUCAUCCAGAUUCGGUUGGGGAAACUGUCGUGCAGGAGUUCCAAGUCUCUCGGCGCAGCCGUGUCCGUGAUUUCUAUUGUUUCUUCUGCUCUGGUCGUCUUUAUGUUUCUCAUGUUGCCUCCUUUAUACACAGCCAUCUCCCAUAUUAAAAGCUAGAAGCUGAGCAAUAUAGCUACAACAAGAAUAGAACCCCAAUAAGUUGUCAAAAUAAAUAUUAAAAAACGUUUGGAUUCAUUCUAGCUACCUAUGUUUGGAUCCAUGCGAGACGUGCUCCAAGUUGUUUGAAAUAUUUUGUCCUAGUAGGAGCAUGCGUUGUGUUUUUUUGUUAUUGUAAUGGAAAAUAAUAUAAAAAUCUAUUUUCUA